AUGCCAAUUUCUUGUUUAUUUCUUGCACAGUUACAAACAGAUUUUUCACUGGCAAAAAGUGAACCGAAAAAAAAGCAGCCAAUCAUUGAUGCCACAGCUCAAGACAGUGAUGGAAAUUACAUCGAUCAAAUUGCUUUAGAUUCUAUAAGCUAUGGAGUGAAAAAUGUUGUUAAGCCACCUCAAAAUUAUUCACCACAUUAUUAUAAAGCAAGCGACGAAUUUCGACAAACAUCAAAAGAAAAAGCUCCACCUGAACAAAAAGUUCAUUAUAUAACACCAGAACCUCACAACUUUUCUCAAGAUUACAUUCAUCAUGCUCUAAAUACUCGUGAGAAAUCAAAAGAGAAAGGUCCAGUAACAGAUUCGUUUCUAGAAUCUUCCACGCUAUCGCAAGAUGGAAAAAAUGAAAGAAAGCUUUCAACACCCAAGCGGAAAAAGAUUCAAAGCUUCGAUUACAAUGACUAUAAUUUCUUUUUUCCGGAAAGUAAACGUAUAAUCGCUAAAUCGACAUCAACAUCAAUUAGCGCAAAAGAUUCAGUUCCUGAAAAGCAUUUUCCAUCACAAAGUCCUAAUAUUGUCGUGACUAAAGACAAAACAAAAAUUAAUGGCGAUCAAACGAUCGACACUUAUCAUUAUUUCUACCCUGAAGAUUCUUCUUUUAACAAUGAAAAUGUUAAUUUUGUUCCUCCAACAUUCUCAACAACGACAACGACGACGACAAUGCAUCCAAGAGUUAAAUCUUCCAGUAAAAGGAAAUCGCAAUCAACACAAAGUUCCACGGACUCGUAUCAGUAUCAACCAGUUUUGCUACGACCAAAUGAUUACACUCCAACCGAUUAUUCUAAUCAAGAUUUUGUUCCAAUUAAGCAUCAACAACAUAAUGAGAAAUUUACUACUUCAACUCACUCGCCAAUUGGCAUUUUGAAGCCAACGAGAAGAAACAAAUUUCAUACUUCAUCAACACCGACAACAUCAAAGCCAAUAAGAGUUCGUCGACCAUCUUCAUUUAAUGAAAACAAUCAAUUUUCAUCUAUGCCUUCACUUUCUGACUUUCCUGAACACCCUUCGGCUUCUCCAGUUUUCACAUAUUACUCGUCAACAAGAUCUCCCGAAGUUUCGAAAUAUUCAACGCCAUCAUCAAUAACGUCAACAAAUUUUCAUAUUAAUCAUUCAACACAAUUAACUUCUUCAGGAACACCAUCAACGAUUGACAUUAAUUCAAACGACAAUAAGAAUGACGAAGUUGUAUAUAUUAAACCAAGAAGUCAUUAUCAAAAUUCUGAGACGAUUGCUUAUAAAUUCAUUCCUGAAGACACGCUCAACUUCAAUUCGAAUAAAUCAGAAAACAUUUUUUAUUCAACAGUUCCAUCGCUUCCUGAAAUUCAUCAAUCAUCAAAACAGUCGAAUCAAUCAAAUGAUAACUUUUUCAGCGACAAUCAUCAGAAAAAUGUUAACUUCGAGUUCUUUACAGAACAAGAUGCAGCUCCAAUGCUUCAAAUUGAUGACAAGACAAUGAAAAUGGACCAGCCGAUGGUGAACUCACACGAUGUUGUUAAAGCUUCUAAGAAGAACAUGUUUUAUUCAAUUGACCCUGAAGCAUCAGAAUAUUCACGAGAUUAUCUUCCAAGUUCCAUGAUGACAUUCCAUGAGAAUCACCAUCAAAAUCGAGAAGUUCCAUCACCACAAAAUGUGGUCGAUAACAAGGCUGAAGAGUCAAAAAGUCAAUAUUUUGUUGUGUACUCAGUUGACGACGAAGAACGAAAAAAAGGAAGGAAAUUGAGAAGAAAAGUUAGACCAGAGCCAGAAUUUCAUGACAAAGACUUUGAAAAUUUCAAUUCGGAAAUCAAUUUUGAACUUAAAAACAGCGACAAUGUGAGAAUUGUUGAUCCAAAUGUGAGAGGCGGUCAACCAAUAGAAUUUAGUAAAGAUGACUACUUAAGACACAUUAAGCAAGCUGUUGUUCAAUAUAUGAAGGAAAAUGAUCCGAGAGACUCUCAAAGUGCUGCAUCGGAAGUGAAAAACUUUAAAUAUCAAGAAAUUCCACAUCGAAGUAAGAAAAACUUCAUUCCAGCUACAACAUUGUCACCUUACAGAAAUAAUUUACAAUAUAAAAGUAAGCCAAUGAUGAAAUCACCUAAAAAUCUUUUCUCUCCUCCUCGAUUGAAAGAAAUGAUUGAAGAUACACCAAAAAUUGAUUUGACGUUAAAGAAAAUUAAACAAAAGCCAAUUGAUUUGUCAGCGAUUGACGUUGGUUCAACUUAUCAGCAUAUAAGUCAUUUUGAUCAUUCAGCAGCGUUGAGAAAUGUUGAAGAGUUUGAUCAAUCAAAUGUUGUGUCACAUCAUCAGGGUAAACCAAAGCUUCGUUUCUCUCAAAAAACAUAUCAUGACAUUAACAACUUAGGCUACGAUCAAACAUCAAAACAUUCACAAGUUGAUGAUUUGGAAAAUGAUGAAACAAAUUUGCCUUUGUCGAAGGGAUAUUCGUUGUCAGAUAAAUAUUCUUUAAAGCGAAGUCGUGGAACUCAAGACGCUUCGAAUUUCGCGUCGAUUAAUUAUGAAGGGAAGAAAAUUCCUAAAACUAUUUCCAUUCUCAAUGGUGAUGAUCAUGAUGAUGCUGAAGACGUCAUGGAUGCUCCCAUUCAAAUUAUUAAUGGAAUUCCUGUUGCCAAUCCCUACAACAUCGACUUAAACACAAUAAAAUACAUGCUUGGUGGAAUUGCACAAGCUGAAGUUAACGAUCAACUAGAAGAAUCAGCAACCCACAACGAGAAAUUCCCAUCUGAAUGGAAUACUUUUUCGCCUGAUGAACAACUCGAAACUUAUAGUUUCAAGUCACCAGUUAUUCAAAUUUAUAAUCAGCAUGAUAAGCAACAACGUGGAAAUAAAAGUUUUAGAAAAGCACCAAAUAAAAAUAAUCAAUCGCCACCAGACUUCAAUAAAAAUAGAAAUAAAAUGAAGAACAUUAAAGGAAGUCAUCAAAACUUUGAAAGCUCAGAUUCUAGUGGUUGGCAAAAUCGUAAGAACAAGAAACAGCGAUUGGAAGCGUCAUCUUUAAACUCGCGUUACGCCUUAAGACCAGCGAUGAACAACAAACAAGCUUCAAAUCAAAGAAAUCAUUUGAACGCCUCGAAAACUCGAAGUCGUCAACCACAACUAGUAACAGAGUUAAGACCACCACCACAAAUCAUACCGAAAACUCAUUUUCGUCUCAAGAAAGUUCUUUAA